AUGUCCUCCAGCAGCCAUUCCAGCUCGUCCCGCACCAAACCCGCCUCCCCAGCGAACGCACUGAAACGACUAACGCGCGAACUGCAAGACCUACACACCACCCCCUGCGACGCCGUCCUACACCUCGGCCCGGUCAGUGAAGACGACCUCUUCUCCUGGGAAGCGGUUCUCAAGGGCCCCUACGACCACACCAACCCGUACCACAACGGGCUGUGGCUUCUAGACAUCACGAUCCCGCCGAACUACCCUCUGGCCCCGCCCAAGGUGCACUUCGUCACGCCCAUCUGUCAUCCCAACGUGCAUUUCCAGACCGGCGAGAUCUGCCUGACCCUGCUGAGCGGCGAGCAUUGGACGCCCACGUACACGCUGAGCACGACCAUGGGCGCGAUCCAGCAGCUGUUGAGUGCGCCGGGCUUGGAUAGUCCGUUGAACGUCGAUGUUGCGAAUCUGUACCGCGAACAUGACAAGAUCGGUGCCGAGAGUCUGGUGAGGUUCUGGACGGUGGAGAAGAGGUGGGCUGGCGAAGGGAAGGCCUGGUUCAUUAGUGAGAAGAGACCUGGCACUGGGGGAAAACUGGGGGAAUGA